AUGGACACUUUUCCCUCCUUCACGGCCUUCUUGGCCUUAGUUUUGUUACUCUCACAAAAGGCUACAGCAGAUAAUGGAAGGAUCACCGCAUCAGGAACUGACAACGUCAGGGGCAUUAUAGGGGCGAUAGUGGAUAACAGCACUCGCAUUGGUAAGGAACAGAAAGUGGCGAUGGAAAUGGCGAUCGAGGAUGUUCAUGACAGGACAAGUCAAAGUUAUGCUUUGCACAUGAAAAACUCGAAUGGGGAACCUUAUCGAGCAGCUCUUGCAGCUCGGGAUCUUAUCGACCAACAAGAAGUGCAAGCUCUACUGUCACCGCAACGGUGGGAAGAAACUUCUCUAGUUGCAGAGAUCGGUAACCAAGCAAACAUCCCUGUUCUUUCUAUUGCUGAUUCAACUCCAUCGUGGGCGACAGAACGAUGGCCCUUCCUGCUUCAAGCUUCGCCAAACCAGAAUUCCCAAAUGAAAGCUAUAGCUGCUAUUGUUCAGUCUUGGCAAUGGCAUCAGGUCACUGUAAUUUACGAAGACAUUGACUCUUUGCGCAGCGGAGUCAUGCCUCAUCUUUCUGAUGCCCUGCGAGAUGUAGGAGCAGAAAUAAGCCAUCUUUUAGCCAUCUCACCAUUUAGUUCUCCUUCAUUGUCGAAAGAGCUCGAGAGGCUUAAACAUGAACAAUGCAGAGUUUUUGUGGUUCAUUUGUCCUUGUCAUUGGCCAUGCACCUUUUUGAGAGUGCUAAAGAAAUGAGCAUGAUGGAGAAAGAAUAUGUCUGGAUCACAACAGAUCCCACAACAGGCCUUGUCCAUUCCCUUAAUUCCACCACCAUUUCUUCAAUGCAAGGAACUAUAGGAGUAAAGAGCUACUUCCCCCGGAAAGAUGCCACUUUUCAAGACUUCUAUACUAGAUUUCGUAGAAAGUUUAGUUCAGAAAAUCCAGAAGAGGAUAACCAUGAACCUGGGACUUUUGCUGUGCUGGCAUAUGAUGCUGUGUGGACAGUGUGCAAAGCAAUGAGAGAAAGCAGCAGCAGCCAACAAUUGCUACGUAAACUUACGCUAAGUGAGUUUUAUGGCUUGAGUGGAAAGGUUCAGUUUGUUGACCGGAAAGUUGCUCCUGCACAUAAAUUUCUGGUCAUCAAUGUGAUUGGGAAGAGUUACCAAGAACUUGGCUUCUGGACAAAUACAUCGGGUUUCUCAGCAACCAUUGAUGAAAGAGCACCGUACCAGCCUUCAAUGGGAAGCAGCUUGGGGCAGGUGUUUUGGCCAGGUGGGUCCUCGUCCACUCCAAGAGGAUGGGCUCUUCCAACAGAUGCCAAACCACUGAUGAUUGGUGUACCCACCAAAUCGAGUUUCAAAAAAUAUGUAAAUGUGAUACAAGAUAACUCAGCAAACACUACUCAUUUUGAAGGAUUUGCAAUCGAUCUGUUCAAUGCAGCAGUGAAAAUUCUGCCAUUCUACCUACCAUACAAUUUGACUCCCUUUGAUGGAACAUACGAUGAAAUAGUGAAGCAGGUUCAUUUAAAGAAGUUUGAUGCAGUAGUUGGUGAUGUAGCCAUAGUUUCCAAGCGAUAUCAACAUGCAGAAUUCACACACCCCUACACAGAAUCAGGAUUGGUGAUGAUAGUUCCGGUUCGCCCCCAGACCAGUGAUAGAGCUUUGCUGUUCAUGAAGCCUUUCACAAAAGCCAUGUGGGUUCUGAUAGGACUAAUAAACAUCUACAAUGGCUUUGUUGUGUGGUUGAUAGAGAGAAAACACUGUCCCGAACUCAAAGGUUCCGGUUUCAAUCAAGUUGGCGCAUUGCUUUCUUUAGCGUUUACUACUCUCUUCUCCUUACACGGGGAAAAGCUGCAUAGCAAUCUUUCACGGAUGGCAAUGGUGGUGUGGCUGUUUGUGGCACUAGUCCUCACGCAAACUUAUACGGCUAACCUCACCAGCAUACUCACAGUUCAACGCCUUGAACCCACCGUCACUGACGUCGAGCUGCUGCGGAAUCGCAACGCAGUGGUUGGAUACUGCAAGGGAUCAUUCGUGGCAGACUAUUUGGUGGAUGUCUUACGAAUCCACCGCGGCAACGUCAGGAAUUAUAACUCCCCGGAAGAUUAUGCUCAGGCACUUAGAAGUCGGGAAAUAGCAGCAGCAUUUCUUGAAGUUCCUUUGGCCAAAUUAUUCCUCGCAAAAUACUGCAAGGAGUUCGCCAUAGCUGGACCAACUUACAAAGUUGGAGGAUUUGGAUUUGUCUUUCCAAGGGGUUCUCCACUGCUUCCUGAUGUAACUAAAGCACUACUGAACGUUUCUGAGAGUGGCAAAUUACGAGAUUUAGAGAUCAGGAUGAUUGCAUCCCAAGAAUGCGAGGACAUCGAGUCGAUUGAUGAUAUUUCUAGUCUUAACCCCAGCAGCUUUUGGGUUCUUUUCGUGUUAACGGCAGGUACAUCGACAGCUGCUCUUCUGGUCUAUGUUGUUUGUCAUAGACGGUUUGGACAAAAAACCAUAUGGAGAUUGAUGUUGGCUGUCAUGAGACAUUGGUGGCAUCGGAAGAAGUCAUUCUCUCGAAGAGUCAGUAGCAAUGAAAGGUCUAGCAAUUUUCCAAACACAUCUAAUUCACGGAUUCAAGUGUAGAAAUACAAGGAAAUGGAUCCCGAGUCAUCCAUAUAUAUAGAAGUAGAAGUGAUGAACACUGUUGCAUGAUGGCAGUAUUCUGCAGAAUCGCAGAUCAAGACCAGCUCAUGAGUUGUCCUUAUAUGCUUAAACUCUGUUGUUUUUGCAGCUGCUAGAUAGAAUAACUGUAGAUAAGGAGUUGCUAGGCCAGUGUUAAUUAGGACUACUUCAA